AUGGAAAAUGUUAUCAAUUUGGCGACUACAUUUGAUGUGUUUAUAACAGGUUCUAGCUCUCAAACUGUAUACGAGGCUUACUUAAAUCAGUUCAGGAAAGAUUUCUCCUUGUUUCUAAGGUUACGGUCCGAAGAGAUGACAUCUGAUGGACGCAUGGUUCUCACGUUAAUCGGUAGAAACGCUCGUGAUCCAUUGUACAGAGACUGCUGCCAUUUCUGGACUUUGCUGUCCAAAUCCCUUCUCGAUUUAGUCCACGAGGGAAUUGUGAGAGACGAAGAGGUGGAUUCAUUCAACAUGCCGUUUUACGAUCCGGACGAAGGAGAAGUAAAAGAGAUCAUCCGUAACGAGGGCUCCUUCGAAAUCGACGCAUUAGAAACCCAUGAAUUCGAUUUGGGGCAAAGUCUGGACGAAAGGGAUUACAUGUUAGGGAGAGAUAAGAGCGGAGAAAGAGAAGCCAACUGCAUAAGGGCAGUAACUGGACCGAUGUUGGUCGCUCACUUUGGACAAGACAUUAUAGACGCAUUGUUCGAAAAGUACGCACAUCAUGUCUCUCGGCACUCCGACUGCCUUCACAAAUCGACCGUCACCCUUGUCGUCUCCUUGGUCAAGAAAUAAUUUCCUCCUCCG